AUGCCAAAGCAGGAAAAUGGCCAAAAACAAGAUUCUGUCAUCCAGAAUGACCUCAGUGAAGCAUUUGAAGAAGAAGUUCGAGUGUUCCUCAGUGAUGAAGAGAAACUGCAUCUUUUUGAUGACCUCACAAAAGUUAAUCCAGUGACAACUACGACAGUUCUGAAAUGUCUUCAAGCAAGAUAUACAGUAAACUUGUUUUAUACCAAUGCUGGCUGCAGCCUGGUGGCUUUAAAUCCAUUUCAACCUAUCUCGUGUCUCUAUUCACCCGAGCUUAUGAGAGAGUACCAUGUUGCACUUCGUCCCCAGGAUUUAAAACCUCACAUCUUUGCAGUGGCUGAACAGACCUACCGGAACGUCCAAAGCCAGAUAGGCCCCGUCAACCAGUCUAUAAUUGUUAGUGGAGAAAGUGGUGCUGGGAAGACCUGGACAUCUCGCUGCCUUAUGAAAUUCUAUGCUUCUGUUGCUGCUUCAGUCAUCUCUCCAAAAGGCAAUGAAACUGUGGAAAGGAUAGAGAAGAGAGUGUUGGAUUCCAACCCUGUCAUGGAAGCGUUUGGAAAUGCAUGUACCCUGCGGAAUAACAACAGUAGCCGUUUUGGAAAAUAUAUCCAGCUGCAGUUAGACAGAUUCCACCAUCUGAGUAGUGCUUCCAUUCAGACGUUCCUUCUGGAGAAGACCAGAGUUGCCUAUCAGGCUCCCAAUGAAAGAAACUUUCAUAUUUUUUAUCAGAUCACAAAAGGUGCCACUGCAGAGGAGAGGCUGGAGUGGAACCUUCCAGAAGGGGCUGACUUCCGCUGGCUGCCAAAUUCUGAAAGAAACUUAGACGAGGACUGCUUCGAGGUGACCCGAGACGCAAUGUUUCACUUGGGCAUUGACCGCUCCACGCAGAACAAUAUUUUCAAGGUGUUGUCAGGCCUUCUCCAUCUUGGGAACGUUCAAUUCUCUAAUCCAGUGGAUGAAUCUCAGCCUUGUGAACUAGAAGACAAAGCCAAAGAUUUUGUGAAGACUGCUGGAGAUUUGCUGAAGAUAUCUGUCGAGGAACUACUGGAAUCAUUAAGAAUUCGAACAAUAACUGCUGGAAAACAACAACAAGUCUUCAAGAAGCCAUGCUCGAGAGCUGAAUGUGAGACUAGGAGGGACUGCCUCGCCAAAGCGAUCUACGCCAAAUUGUUCGAAUGGCUCGUUUUGGUCAUAAAUGAAAGCAUCUAUGCAGAUCCAUCAGUGUGGACCAGCUUCAUAGGUUUGUUGGAUGUUUAUGGUUUUGAAGCCUUCCCUGAAAACAACUUGGAACAGCUCUGUAUUAACUACGCCAAUGAGAAACUGCAGCAGCACUUUGUCGCACACUACCUGAAGGCACAACAGGAAGAAUAUGCAGCCGAAGGCCUGCAGUGGUCUUUCGUAAACUACCAGGAUAACCAGAGCUGCCUUGAUCUGAUAGAGGGCAACCCUCUCAGCAUUUUUGCCUUGCUGAAUGAGGAGUGCCGUCUGAAUAGAUCCUCUAACACUGACCUGUUUCAAACUCGGAUUGAGAAAGCCUUGGCUAAUAAUCAAUGUUUAAGUCGAAACAAGUUUAGUAAGAAGCCUAACUUUAUUAUUUCACAUUAUGCUGGCAAAGUCUGCUAUCAGCUGGCAGCAAUGGUGGAGAAAAAUAAGGACCCCAUUCCACCAGAGCUGGUCCACGUUUUGCGGAAUUCUAAGGACCCUUUGCUUCAAAAAUUAUUUCCCGUGACAGAAAGGAACCAAAAUAACAUCAAAACGCAGAACAGAGCAGCUGUUGUUACAGUGGUGUCAAAGUUCAAGGGUUCACUUGAACAUCUCAUGCAGAUUUUGAACAGCACCACGCCGCAUUACAUCCGCUGCAUCAAGCCUAAUGCUGACUGCAAGGCAAUGACUUUCAAAAGAGAAGAGGUUCUCAGCCAGCUUCAGGCGUGUGGAAUAGUCGAAGCAAUCACCAUCAGUGCAGCGGGCUUCCCUAUUAGGAUCCCUUUCCAAAGUUUCACUGAGCGCUAUGAAAUACUGAGAAAAUCAUGUGGGGCCAAUAAAAACAGAGUGUGUGAUAAAAGCAACUAUCAUACUGCUGAGAAAAAAGGAAAGAUUCCAGGGGUGGAUGAUGACAAAGCAUCACGUUCUGUUGUUUUUGAGAUCCUUCAGAAUGUUGUUACAGGACAAACUGCUGAGCAGCCAGGGAACAGAGCGGAAAACACUUCUGUGUACUGCGGCAAAACCAAAGUAUUUAUGGCUAAUUCUGUGCUGGAGCAACUUGAAGCUAGAAGAGCAGAGGUGUUAAAUGAGAAGGCAUUUUGCAUUCAGUGUUGCUGGAGAAGAUUUAAGCAGAAGAAACUAGCAAAGGAGAGAUGGUCUGCAACCCUCAUCCAAGCAGCUGUUCGUUCCUGGUUAGCCAAGAAUCGCUUCCAAAGGAUGCGCAGGGCUGCUAAUGUCAUUAAGCGUGGCUGGAGGAAAUGGAAGGCAAAAAUGGCUGCAUUAGCAGCAGCAGAGUUGGAUGAGGGUGAAGAAAAGGCGUUCUUCUCAGUUCCUGGAGCUAUGGGGAUCUUGGCCAAAGCACCUUGCUCUUUGGAAACAUCUUGGCCUCUGCAGGCAAUAAUUCAGUUCUGGCCUCUCGGCCUUGUCCUGGCUGCUGCCCCUGUUACUGUAACGGGACUUCGGAGAGACCAGUCCCUGCUGGCGUGCCUCAAAGUACUUCAGGAGAGCGACUGCUACAAGGUGGAAAGCUGUUCCUUUGGCUGCGGCAUCACUUCCAUUAGAGCUCUCCCACAGGGCUCUAUCAAGUUUCACUGUAAGAAGUCUCCCCUGCACUACGCAAACGUCAGCCCCCACACGGACACCUGUUCCAUCACCGGAUUUAACCAGAUUUUACUGGACAGAAAAAAACUCCUUCCAACAUAG